AUGGCAUGUAUCGGACUACCGUUGCCGAUGACAACGUCUAAACAACUUUGCACCAACACCAGCACCCUGAGUACCGUAACCAAACGACAAGAGAGAUGUUUGUCGGGUGCCUGUCGCGGGGGUGUACCACUGCGGCACCGGCGUGUGUGCAGUGUGCAUCUCGCGGAUGCAGCCGCGGUCUCCAUCGCUUCAAUGCGACUGGUGCGGCUCUCGCUCGCAGGCUGCGGCACGCGAUCAGAGGAAGGCAGAACUCUCACUGCGCGCGCCGAGUGCGGUCGUCAACGCGAGCCUACUUCGACACUCUGUUUGCGUACUGAACAACUUCACUUCUCUACAAUUUCGAACAACCUCCAUGAGGAGUUGGUUGUUUAUAUUUUGCUAAGAUUAUCUUUCUUCGAAGUUCCCAGUUAUGAUCAU